UUCUUUUUUCCAGAUUGUAUCGUUUUUGGUUUUUCUAUUCCAUAUUCUGCAACUUGCAUUCUCAACAUUCUUCAAAAACACUUGAUUAAGAAACAGUAGUUCCAUGCCCAGAAGAAGAUAGAGUAGACUGAGGCGUGCAGUCUGUGAAGGAGCCUUUCACCUAGUCCAGCAUUUCUCUUCGUCUUUUGGAGAAAGCGCAAUACAUAAAAGCAAGGAACUCUCUAAUGGACACCAUAGGACCAGUCACGGAUAUUGUGAAGGAUGUUAUACCUACAAUUAAGAAAUAUGUCAAGUAUCAGAUAUGUCACAAUGAUUAUGUCAAUGAAUUCAAAGAAAUGCAAACACAGCUGAAGCAUCGACGGCAAGACGUUGAAAAAGGACUGCAUGCUCAGCUUAUGCAGACUGGGAAGAUUGCAAAGGAGGAAGUUGAAGCUUGGCUAGAGAAAGCAGACCAAGAAACUGCAGAAAACGUGGCUGAAGAUCUAAUCUGCAAAGGGGGCUGUUUCACAUAUAUUUGCUCCUCAAGAAAGCUCGAUAAAAGGACUCAAUCACUGAUUGAAGGAAUAUUUAAGCAAGGAGAAAAGUACACUAGUGCUGGUGAGAGUUUGGUCGUAGAUACUCCCUCAAUUGAGUAUUGGGCAACUGUAUUUGAAGAAAGGCAAGAGCAGUUGAAGCUCCGACAGGAAGACAUUGAAGCAAAAUUGGAGACUCAACUUAUGCAACCUGGAAAGAUUGCAAGCAUGGAAGUUAAAGAGUGGUUGAAGAAAGUAGGCGAACAAAUUCCCAUAAAGGUUGAAGAUCUAAUCAACCAAGGGGGAUGCUCUUCUCUAUCCAACCUCAGGAGAAAAAUUGAAGAAUUGAAGCAAAUAUUUGAGCAAGGAGAAAAAUAUACUAAUGCUGGUGAGAGUUUGGUCAUAGAUGUUUACUCAAGUGAGCGUGGUGCAACUGUAUUUAAAGAAAUGCAAGAGCAGCUGAAGCUCCGACAGAAAGACAUUGAGGCAAAAUUGGAGACUUCGCUUCUGCAGCCGGGAAAGAUGGCAAGCAAUGAAGUUAAAGACUGGAUGGAGAAAGCAAGCCAACAGAUUGACAUAAAGGUUGAAGAUCUGAUUAGCCAAGGCGAAUGUUCCUCUCCAUCCAACCUUUGGAAAAAAAUUGAAGAAUUGAGGCAAAUACUUGAGCAAGGAAAAGAAUUCACUAAUGCUGGUGUGAGUUUGGUCAUAGAUGAUCACUCAAUCAAAGGAGUUCCACUACUUGUUGAAGAAUGCAGGGGCAUGGAUGAUAUACAAGAUCAAAUUCUGGAAUGGUUGAAGGGAGAUGAGGUUACAAGAAUUGCAGUUUCAGGAAUGGGUGGUGUGGGCAAGACCACAAUUAUGAAGCAAGUCCACAACCAACUAUUGAAAGAAUCCAAAUUGAAAGAAUCCAAAUUUAACAAUGUUAUUUGGGUAAAAGUGUCAAGAGACUUUGACAUUAUUGUCCAGCAAAAAAAAAAGUUUGAUAUUCUCAAGUUUCAGAAAAGGAUUGCAAGUAGCUUGGAAUUAAAACUGGAGCCCGAGGAUCAUGAGAAUGAAACCAAGCUUGCAGGAUUGAUUUCACAAAAGUUGAGGCAAGGCAACUCUCUGCUAAUUCUAGAUGAUGUGUGGCAGCAAUUUUGUGUAGAAGAUGUUGGAAUUCCUACUCUAGAUGGAAAUAAUGGUUGCAAGUUAGUACUCACGACGCGGUUACAAGAUGUUGCUCGUGCGAUGGAGUGUGAGGUGAUCUCUGUGAAUCCUCUUCCACUUGAAGAUGCAUUAGAAUUAUUCUUGGAGAAAGUUGGAAGUGCAGUGUUGUUAGGUGGCAGAAUUAAAGGAGAUAUAGAUCCAUUUUUGAAGAAAAUUUUGCAAAAAUGUGACGGAGUACCCCUUGCUAUUGUGACAGUAGCCAAAACUAUGAGAGGAAAAUUAGAUCCUCGUUCAUGGAAGUGGGCACUUACUAAAUUGAGCAAAUUUGAAGGAAUUAUUGAUCGUUUGAAAUUUAGUUAUGAGUGCUUAGAAUCACAAUGCCAAGAGUGUUUUUUAUACUGUGCAUUAUAUCCUGAAGAUUAUGAAAUCCCAAGGGAGGAGUUAAUUGAGUGUUGGAUUGAAGAGGGGUAUAUAUAUAAAGAAGGGGAAACUAGGGAGGCAAUGAAUUGGGACGGUCAUUGGAUACUUGACAAGCUGGUUGACAACUGCUUGUUGGAAUCGGUUAAAAAUAAAUAUGGAAAGGAUUGCGUGACUAUGCACGAUCUUUUCCGAGAAAUGGCAUUGGAUAUUAGCCCUCAAUUUUUGGUGAAAGCUGGCAUGGCCUUGGAAAAACUACCAAAGGGGCAUGAAUGGAGUGAAGAUCUUUUGAAGGUUUCUUUAAUGAGGAAUCACAUAAUAGAAAUUCCCUCAAGCAUGCUGUCUCCAAAGUGUCCUAUGCUCACAACCUUGCUGUUGUCCAAUAACAAGAUUUCAACAAUUCCAGAAGCUUUUUUUGAGCAUAUGCUUGGGCUCAAGAUUCUUGAUCUUUCCAACAAUCAUGAGCUAAGUAGGCUACCGAGUUCUGUGUCCAAAUUGGAGAAGCUUACUACAUUAUUGCUGAAGGAUUGUAAGUCCUUAAGAGAGGUACCAUCUUUAUCCAACCUUGUAGGCUUAAAAAAGUUGGACCUUUCUAGGACAUCAAUUGAAGAACUACCCCAAGGCCUUAACAUUUUAACAAAUCUAAAAUAUCUUGGUCUUGGUGGAAGAAUACCUGAAACACUUGAUGAACUGCUACAAAAUCUCUCCAAACUUCAGCAUUUAACAAGCAUCUACAGCGGUUCUAGUACUGUUUUUCUACCCAAGUUAGAAAGCUUGACAUUGUCCUCUUUGCCCCAAUUGAAGAGCAUCUAUAGCGGUUCUAGUACUGUUUUGAUUUGUGAUUCCAUCAAGAAGAUUGAAAUUCUAUUAUGCGAAAAUAUAGAGAGUGUUUUUUGGUCAGGGUUCAACCCACUUCUAAAUCUUGAAUAUCUACACCUUGACUAUUUAAAGAAUUUGAAAUGCGUGUUUGAUGAAGAAGGUCUUGGUUUCUCACCACUUGUACCUCCCACAAGCCUUUUCUCUCUUAAAGAAAUUAGGGUUGUUGGGUGUGGUCAAUUAAAGAAGGUAUUCUCAUCUGGAUGGUUGCUCCGCUACUUCCAAUCUGUAGAGACUAUUGAGGUUUCAAAUUGUAAGGAAAUGGAGGAGUUGAUAUCGUCAUCGGCACAUGAAGAAGAAAAUGUCACUCUACCGAAGUUAGAAAGGUUGGAAUUGACCUAUUUACCCCAAUUGAAGAGCAUCUACAAUAGUUCUUUGAUUUGUGAUUCCAUCAAGAAGAUUAAAAUUUGGAAUUGCAAAAAAAUAGAGAGUGUUUUUUGGUUAGGGUUCAACCCACUUCCAAAGCUUGAAUAUGACCUUUAUGAUUUAGAGAAUUUGAAAUGCGUGUUUGAUGAAGAAGGUGUUGGUUUAUCGCCGCUUGUACCUCCCACAAGCUUUUUCUCUCUUAAAGAAAUUAGGGUUAAGUACUGUCAUCAAUUAAAGAAGGUAUUCACAUCUGGAUGGCUGCUCCGCUACUUCCAAUCUCUAGAGACUAUUAAGGUUGAUAUAUGUGGGCAAAUGGAGGAGCUGAUAUCGUCAUCGGCACAUGAAGAAGAAAAAGUCACUCUACCCAAGUUACAAGGCUUGCAUUUGACAAGUUUGCCCUUAUUGAAGACCAUCUAUAGCGGUUCUUUGAUUUGUGAUUCCAUCAAGAAGAUUGAAAUUUUUGGGUGUAAAAAUAUAGAGAGUGUUUUUUGGUUAGGGUUCAACCCACUUCCAAAUCUUGAAUAUCUAGACCUUCGUCAUUUACAGAAUUUGAAAUCUGUGUUUGAUGAAGAAGGUCUUGGUCUAUCGCCACUUGUACCUUCCACAAGCUUUUUCUCUCUUAAAGAAAUUAGGGUUUUGGGGUGUGCGAGAUUAAAGAAGGUAUUCUCAUCUGGAUGGCUGCUCUGCUACUUCCAAUCUAUAGAGACUAUUGAGGUUGUAUUGUGUUCACAAAUGGAGGAGUUGAUAUCAUCAUCGGCACAUGAAGAAGAAAAAGUCACUCUACCCCAGUUACUAAGCUUGAAAUUAAUCGACUUGCCCGCAUUGAAGAGCAUUUGCAGCAACUCCAGUGUGUUGAUUUGUGAUUCCAUCCGAAGUCUGAGGAUUUCAGAGUGUGAGAAGUUGAAGAGGAUUCCUUUGAAUUUUCCCUCGCUUGAUAAUGCCCAAUCAUCUCAUCCUCCUUCCCUCAAAGAAAUUGUGGUAGACACAAAAGAAUGGUGGGAAUCAUUGGAAUGGGACCAUCCCAAUGCAAAAGACAUCCUUUUACCCUUGUGUAAAUUUCAGCAGUGAUAGGGUGCACCGCAAAUCAAUUGGGAUUCGUCUUUGCAACCACAAGAAAGUUGGAGGAAAUCACAUAUGCACUAGUUGCUGUUGCUAUUGGGUUUUCAAUUUAAUAUAAUCUUUGUUUUUCUUUUGCUGUGUGUGUUGUGUGUUUAAUAUGUCCAAUUCUAAAUGGAAAACUAGAAAUGCUUGGUUCUUUAUUAUCUGUGUAAUUUUGUCUUUGAAACUGUGUGCGAAAAAAACUUGAAACUGUAU